UUAUGUCCUCCUAACUAUUUUUCUCACGCUAUUGAAAAAUUUGUGCGAAUAUUUUGUUUACAAAGGCGACGACCACCAAAAUAUGCAAGGACAUUUUAUUGAGAGCACUUAAAACUUGAAAAUUUGAUAAUGAUGGCUAACAGAACCAUUCGAAACUUUGAACUGUAAAGUUGCAAUCGAAGGAAAACACUCGAAAUAUACCGCCGCUCAAGAAAUUAUAAUGGAAAUAUCUGAGUCCAGCCGCUGUAUAUACAUUGUCAGUAAGAUAUUGGGUUUGGCUCCAUUUUCCGUAAAGAAGACUGAUAAAGGAACCUAUUUGGUAGAGAAGAGCAUUCCCUUUAUUAUUUAUGCAUCAGUUUUAACAUCGGCCAUGUCUUUUUUAACAUAUCGUGGACUACUUUUUGACGCUACCUCUAAAAUCCCACUAAGGCAGUCGUUUCGUAUGAAAUCUGUAACCUCUAAAGCCGUUACCACCAUGGAUGUGUCGGUUAUUGUAAUGGCAGUAACAGCUGGUGCUCUCUGUGGCAUAUUCGGUUAUAAUCCAACCAAAGAACUGAAUGUACGUUUACAAAAAGUGGAUGCCUCUAUAAAUGGCGAUAGGAAACGUGAUACACUAAAGGCCAUAAUGUUGCUCAUUUUACCAGUGAUUUCUAUAACAAUUUUAAUGUUUUUUGAUAUUUGGACUUGGUUAAGUUUUGCCCAGACAGCAAAUACCGAAGGUGAAAAUACAGAUCUAAAUACUCUAUGGUAUAUACCAUUCUAUGGACUCUAUUACAUUUUAACGUGUUUACAUGUGACCUUUGCCAACACCACCUUGAGCCUGAGUAGACGAUUCAAAACGUUAAAUGUUACGCUAAUAAUGUCGUUUUUAACAACUGAAUCAAAGAAGGAAAUUCAAAUGCAAAACAUACCGAAGAUAACACCGGUUUUACCAACCAAGGGACAUGAACCUCCAUUACAUAUAAGUUUUACAAAAAUUACCUCCGAACUUCACCAGGCACCAGAAAAGAAUAAAUCGUUGCUGUUGAAGAUGUUGGCAGAAUGCCACGAGUCCUUGGGAAAGUGUGUGGCAUUGGUUUCCAGCUCAUAUGGAAUGGCUGUUUUAUUCAUACUUCUCUCCUGUUUCCUACACCUGGUGGCCACUUCAUAUUUCCUAUUCAUGGAAUUUUUGGAAAAGAACAGUGGCGGAUUUAGUUGGCUCCAAGUCAUGUGGAUAACUUUUCAUACAUCACGCCUGCUUUUGGUUGUCGAGCCGUGUCAUCGUGUAAGUGCCGAAUCAAGUAAAACUAUUCAUAUUAUUUGUGAAAUAGAAAGAGGUAUUCAUGAUUCGAUACUGGCAGAAGAGGUUAACAAAUUCUGGCAACAACAGUUGGUUUUCAAAGAUCGAUUUUCUGCAUGUGGUCUGGUAAUGGUCGAUCGCAGUCUUCUGACAUCCAUAUUCUCGGCCAUCGCAACGUAUUUGGUUAUAAUCAUACAAUUCCAGAAAAGUGACGGCUAAAGCCAGCUAUCGACUUGCUUCUACGACGAGAAUUUAUUGUACUUUUAUGAUAAAAUGAAAUAAUUUAUUAAA